ACUCUUUUAGUAUCUGAUGAUAUUAGUAUGUGAGGUUUUCACUACUGAACAAGCUGCUGCUUCAUACACAGAUAUAAGUAUAUGUAGAUAUAUACGUUUUGUUAUUUAUUGGUGUAGUAGCAUUAGAAAUCAAAGCUGAGUUCUCUCUAGAGCUUCAGCAGCAAAUAUGUUUGCUUAAGUUGUCUGGCUUCCAGUUUGUCUUGUUAGUUUUAUGUUAUUUUCUAUAACAGUAGGAUCACCCUACAUAUGUUUUAUUCUCUGUAGAGUUUUUUUAACAGUACAGGUUUGAGUUUGCUGGUCAGGCUUAUUAAGCCAGAGGUUAGAGAGUGAGAGUGUGUGUAGCCAUGAAGGAGGAGAUUGCUGCUGCUGUGUUCUUUGUGGCUCGGCUGGUGAAGAGAUAUGGCUGUCUGGACAAUGACAGCAGGGAGCGCUUUGCCGCUGCCCUCACUUCAGUUCUGUUUGAGAACUACAAGAACCACUGGCACCCGAACGCACCCACCAAGGGACAGGCCUACAGGUGUCUGCGUAUGAACCGUGUGCGGCUGCAGGACCCGGUGCUGCAGCAGGCCUGCGAGCAGAGCGCGGUGCGGUACGAGGAUCUGGGCCUUCCCCAGGAGCUGACGGUGUGGGUCGACCCUGGAGAGGUGUCCUGCAGGUCAGGCCGCUUAAGAGCCAGACUUGAUACAAGUUCACUGCCACAGAGGUACGGCGAACACAGCACUCCAUUCUGUGUCUCGGUGGUGAACGGCUGUCGGCGAGGAGAUGGCGAAUUUUCCCGCCGCAUCCAUGACGCCGUGGAGCGGGCGAGCCUCGACGUCCAAUCAGGAAGCUCUUCAGACGAGGAGGAGGGGGGAGGUGACAACAGCAUGAGCAGCAGCAGCCUAUCCGCUCUCUGCCCUGCUCCAGUCCCACCCACCAACCCUGAGCCCAAAACCAUCCCAACUGUCAGCAACCCCAACAGUGUUUACCGGUUCAGUGAGUUUUCUCCAGGCGCCCCUCAGACCUGGCUAAGGGAGAAGCGGAAGGCCUUUGCUGGGGAUGCAUUCCCACCUCAUGCUCCUCCAGCUGCAGGUCCGACCUCCCAGUUCUCCAGCCAGAAAGGCUUCAAGUCCUAUCGAGCCACAUUCACCUUCGCCGGGCCGCGCGUUGACAAGUACCACUGGGUCAGCAAAUCCCGAUCCUAGAGCGAGCCGAGCAUUCAACGUGGUUACUGCUCGGGACGGGAGCAGGGACGGCAGCCAUGAUGCUGGAUCAAAGCACCAUAGACCCUGUUUGCAGGGGGGGAAGUUUCAGGACAGUUUGUGUAUUUAAAGGAUAAGUUUAUUAUUCGUACAUGAUUUAAAGUGUUAAUGAUUUAAAGUUAUGCUGUUUAAGCAUGUUUUUAAACUAUAUUCAAGUAUUUUAAUUCUCCCUUCUAAAUGUUUUUAAACUAAAAUUAAAGUAAGUGUGAAUAAAGUAACAUUGAACUGUCAUUGAAAAGAAAUAAAUGCGUCCGUGUCAGCUCUGCUGGUUGUUCUAAA